AUAAAAAUGGGUGGUCAGCUCUCACUGACUGACUAUCUGGAAAAAAAAUUUAAUGGCUUGUUGUGUCUCCAACACAGUAUUCUACAGGUGGAGAGGAAGCCCAAGGAACUUAUUUGGAUGGAACUUUGGCAAAAACAAAGUUGAUGAGAGGUCACAACCUAAAUACCAUGACAUUGAUCUUCCCUUUUCACCUUCUUUGGUCUCCAAAACAUUUCUAAGUGGAAGGGAGCUGAAAUGCUGUUACAGAGCCAGCAUAGAUGGAUUUAAUGCAGUUAACUUCCACAACUUCUGUGACUUCAAGGGUCCUUGUGUUAUAAUAGGGUAUACAAACAAGCCUUUCAAAUUCGGGGCAUUCAACCCGGAAGGUUACAGAAGUACAGAUGAUUACUAUGACACUUUUGAUGCAUUCCUCUUUUACUGGCAAGAGGAUGGGAAUCCUGACCCUGUAAUACUGCCCAAAGUUGGGGGCAGUGGAGCUGCCCUUUUCGAUUAUGCUCGUGGGGGCCCACAGUUUGGGUCUGACGGGCUGCUCAUCGGCCCGCCCCUUACGCCUGUCAUGGGUGUGUUUACAGGGCCUGAUUCAAGUUCAGGUGCAGGUGAUCUAAGGCAAGCUAAGUCUAGGUUGGGGUUGUCUUAUGCUAAGAGGUCUGAUGGAAAAGAGUCCAUUUUUGGGGAUGAAUCCAGUGCAACUCUUGAGGAUGUUUUAGUUUUCUGCAGUCCAGAUAUUGCAAGAUUAUACUAAUGAAUUCUGUAAUUGUAUGUUAUCUUCUUUGUAAAGCAAGUUAUUUAUCAAAGAAUGAAGAGAGUUCAGAGAUUUA